AUGGCUGCUGAACUUGUUGCUGGUGCUUUACUCUCUGCUUCGCUUCAGGUCCUGUUUCAGCGAUUGACUUCUGAGGGUAUACCCCAGUUGUUCCAUGGAAAGAAACUCAUUCUGGACCAGCUUGAUGAGUUGAACACUAUGUUGUUGUCAGCUAAUGCACUGCUGAUCGAUGCUGAGAACAAACAACUUCGAAACGAGGAGGUCAGGAUGUGGCUUUUCAAGCUUCAAGAUGUGAUUCAUGAAGCUGAUGACUUGGUGGAUAGGAUUGACUAUGAAGCUCUUCGAUCUAAGCUUGAAGAUGUUCAAUCUAGGAGCAGCGCCAGCAAGAUACUUCUGCAAACUUUGUCAAAUGAAGAUUGUUGGAAAUUAUUCACUGAACAUGCUUUUGGAAAUAAUGUUGACCUCAAUGACUACCAAGAUCUUCAAGAAGUUGUUCAAUCAAGUGUACUUUCCUUAAGUGAAUCUUCAAUGAAGAAGGUGCCCGAUUCAAUUUGCAAUCUAAAGCAGUUAAGGUACUUGGACUUGUCUUAUACAGAAAUUAAAAAGUUACCUUAUUCAAUUUGUACUUUGUACAAUUUACAGACUUUACUGUUGUCAUGGCGUAAGAAGCCUUCUCUAUUACCAAAGAACAUGGGAAGUUUAAUAAACUUGCGAUAUCUAGACAUUGAAGGUGUACUUUUGAAAGAUAUUAGAAUGUGGAAAGUGGUUUAG